AUGAAGUUUUCCGCCCUUGGCCUCACGGCCCUCGCCGCUGCUGCUUCAGCCCUCCCUAGCUACCGCCGCGCCGCGGACUCCUCCGCAACCACCGCCCGCGUCCUCAUGGGCAACAACGGCCACAUCUACAUCGCCGACUACCAGCCCGCGGCCAAGAAGUUCACCAUGACCCUGGAGGAGGAGUCCAUUGGCGACCCUUCCUGGAUGGCCUUUAUCCCUCCCAACCGCCUCUAUGCCGUCGACGAGUUCUCGUCCGCCAUCUACUACUACGAGCUCGACCUGGAGAACAACAAGCUCGAGUUGAAGGCCGGCCAGAACGGCAGCUCGGGCGUCGUCCACCUCGAGUUUAACAAGGACAAGACUCGCAUGGUUGGCUCCGCCUACGGCAACGGCACUAUUGAUGUCUGGAACAUUGAGAACGGCGGCCUCGAGCUCGUCAAGACGAUCGAGUCCGCGGGCGACCUUGGCCCCAACAAGCUGCGCCAGACCAGCGCCCACCCUCACCAGGCCCUCCUCGACCCCUCCGGCCGCUACUUCGCCGUCAACGACCUCGGCACCGACGACAUCGUCGUCCUUGACUCGGAGAACAAGUACGACGCCAAGUACGUCAAGGUCGAGCCCGCCGGCUGCGGUCCCCGCCACGGCGUCUUCUACCCCCAGGGCGGCGACAGCGCUACUCACUACAUUGUCGUCUGCGAGAUCACCAGCCAGGUCCUCGUCUACCAGGUCAAGUACACCACCGAGGGACUGCGCUUCAGCAAGACCCAGACCCUGUCCACCUUUGGCGCCGACGCUCCCCCAGCCAACGCCACCUCGGCGGCCGCGGGCGAGAUCCAGAUCACGCCCAACAACCAGGACGUCUACAUCUCCAACCGCCUGACGGGCAACGACACCGACUCCAUCGCCCACUUCAAGGUCAAGCGCACCAAGUGCGGCGCCGUCUCCCUCGAGUACGCCGACACCGUCUCCUCCGGCGGCAUCCUCCCCCGAAUGUUCAGCCUGAGCAACGACGCCGAGACCGUCUUCUCCGCCAACCAGGACGGCGAGUUCGGCCUUGUCGCCCUCGACAUUGGAGAGAACGGCAAGCUGGGCGAGACUCCCAUUGCCACAAUUGUCGCCUCCAAGUUUGGCGAGCCCCAGUUCGGCCCCCAGUUUGUGCAGCAGAUUGCAUAG